ACGAGGGUUAGGGAACGGGUUGUUUUAGGGAACGGGUUGUGUUGAUGAACCACUUCUCACAGCGCCAUAGCCUCAUACAGUCACAGUCUGGAACAUGAUGACUCCUCCCCUACUCUUCCUCGCCUUCCUCCUCCUCUCCUGUCUGCCAGGCUCUCUCUGUAGGGUGACCACUGUGGGUGACCUGUCGAUCCUGGAAGGUCGGUCGGUGAUGAUCCCGUGCCACUACGAGCCGCAGUACGCCAGUUAUGUGAAGUACUGGUGCCGAGGCAGGGUAAAGGACCUCUGUACCAGUCUGGCUCGCAGCGAUGCCCCACGGGGGCCAGCUGCACCUGGAGAAGACAAGGUGGCCAUUUUUGAUGACCCGGUACAGCAGGUGUUCACAGUAACAAUGACAGACCUGCAGGAGGAGGAGACUGGAUGGUACUGGUGUGGUGUGGAGGUGGGAGGAGUCUGGAGUGCUGAUGUCACAGCCUCCCUUCACAUCAACGUUAUCCAUGGUGUGUCUGUGGUGAACAGCGUGCUGAGCGGAGAGGAAGGGACCAGCGUCACUGUCCAGUGUCUCUACAGCCAGGGAUACAGGCAGAGUGAGAAGCGCUGGUGUCGUAGUGGUGACUGGAGCUCCUGUCUGGUGACGGACGGUGAGGGGCGGUAUGAAGACCAGGCAGUAGAGAUCAGAGAUGACCUGACCAAGGCUUUCACUGUCACCCUGAAGGGACUGGCCCAGAGAGAUACAGGCUGGUACUGGUGUGCUGCAGGACAACAACAGGUGGCUGUUCACGUCCUCGUCACUCCUCCAGCCACAACAGUGAAGCCCCCACCAGAAGAAACCCCCCAGUCUGUUCCUGUGUCUCCGUCUGUCCCUCCUCUUUGCCGCCACAUCGCUGAGGGAGCAGACCACCACAGGCCACUGUGGGAGUUUCCUCUGAUGGCGUGCGGCGUUCUGUUCAUCUUGAUGGUUCUGGUGCUGCUGCCAUGGAAGAUACUGGACCAAUACAACAAAACACACAGGACAAGACAGGCAGAGGAGCUGGAAGCCAGACUCAGUGACUCCCCAGGUGACAACUGGCAGAACACCUCUGUUGUCUUCCUCAACUCCGCCUCACAGAAGGUGCACGGUUUCUGACCACGCCCACCAUCCAGUCACCUCUGACCUCUAACCUCCACCCUCCAUUUCUGGCCAUCUUCCUUCAGGGCUGGACACCAUGUUGCUGCCUCUGAUUAUUCCAUCCAUCCUUCCUUUCAUAUAACAAUAUGUUCAGUACCAUUCUGUACUGUGCUGUAUGGUCCUGCCCUUUGGUACAGACCUGCUGAGUACCACUAAUGUUUAUGAUGUUAGUUAUGACUGAUUGUGAUGAAAGCCUGACAUGUUAAAUAAUGUUACGAUAACGUUUACUGAAAUCAGUGUCUAUAUAAAUCUACUGUAACUAUUUGUUUGUUCCAUUUUGUAUUGUAUAUAAAAAAAUUCUAUGAAAAAUGCAAGAAACAAUUACGGGAAAGGGACUAGUUAUAGUUCUCAGUGUACUGGAUGGACAAAUUGAUAUAGAAAGGGCCUUAUAAGACCCCACUUAUUUUUCCUUAGCGAUGCAGCGCUUUAAAUGUUGUACACGUGAAAUUGUGUCAUUCUGAACAUUAUAUUACAUUUUGUGCGACUCGAGCGAUA